GUUUUAAUGGACGUGCAUGGCAGAAUAAGAGAAAUCCUUGCUGAGACGAUACGGGAAGAACUGGCUCCUGAUCAACAGCAGUUAUCGACAGAAGAUUUGAUCAAAGCUCUUAGACGUCGGGGAAUCAUUGACGAUGUGAUGAAAGAACUUAAUUUUGUUACUGAUAAUGUUGAUCAAGAACCCCCUCCCUCUCCAAAACAACCAGUUUGUUUUACUGAUAGACAAUCAACGUUGUUAAAAAAAACUAAUAUUGAUCCAACACGGAGGUAUCUUUACCUUCAGGUUUUGGGUGGAAAAGCUUUCUUGGAACAUCUGCAAGAACCUGAGCCUUUACCAGGACAAGUUUGUUCAACCUUUACAUUAUGUUUGCAUUUUCGAAACCAACGUUUUCGUUCUAAACCUGUUCCAUGUGCCUGUGAACCAGAUUUUCAUGAUGGCUUUUUACUUGAAGUACACAGAGAAAACUUAGGUGAUGGAACUAGAAUGGCUGAUUCAACAACAAUGUUAUCAAUAAGUGAUCCAAUUCAUAUGGUGCUAAUCAAAACAGAUAUAUUUGGUGAGACCACUUUAGUAGCAUCCUAUUUUCUCGAAUGGCGAUCAGUUUUGGGCUCAGAAAAUGGAGCAACCAAUCUUACUGUGGAACUUAUGGGUGUAGGCACAGAAUCAAAAGUUUCUGUGGGAAUUUUAAAUAUAAAACUUGAGAUGUACCCACUACUCAGUCAAACAUUAUCUCAAGAAGUAGUGAACACACAGCUUGCCUUGGAACGUCAGAAAACUGCAGAGAAAGAGCGAUUAUUUCUUGUAUAUGCUAAGCAGUGGUGGAGAGAAUAUUUGCAAAUUCGACCCUCACACAACUCACGGCUGGUUAAGAUUUUUGCUCAGGACGAAAAUGGGAUAAAUAGACCAGUCUGUUCCUAUGUUAAACCACUUCGAGCUGGGCGGCUUCUGGAUACCCCAAGGCAAGCAGCAAGAUUUGUUAAUGUCCUUGGUUAUGAAAGAGCCCCUGUUAUUGGAGGAGGAGGUAAACAGGAACAGUGGUGCACUCUGCUGGCCUUUCUCUGUAGAAACAAGGGUGACUGUGAAGAUCAUGCUAACCUUCUGUGCAGCCUUCUUCUUGGAUAUGGAUUAGAAGCGUUUGUCUGUGUUGGGACUAAGGCAAAAGGAGUACCUCAUGCUUGGGUUAUGACUUGUGGAACUGAUGGAACCAUCACUUUUUGGGAGAGUUUAACAGGACACAGGUACAUCCAUAAAUCUAACAAUCCUGAUGAACCUCCAGUUGCUGAACAGCCCAAACCAUUGUACCCAUAUCGAACAAUUGGUUGUGUUUUCAACCAUCAGAUGUUUCUGGGAAAUUGUCAGCCCUCUGACUCUGUAGAAAUCUGUGUAUUUGAUUUGAAUGAUGAAUCUAAAUGGAAACCCAUGAGUGAAGAAGCAAUUAAAUCUGUGUGUGCUCCAGGAGCUACAACAUCCCUUCCUCCCUUUCCACCUCUUUGUGCAUCCACGAUUGAUGCUUCAGUAACAAGUAAUGAAAUAGAAAUGCAGCUAAGGUUACUAGUGUCAGAACACAGGAAGGAUCUUGGCCUCACUACUCUUUGGGAGGACCAGCUUUCUUAUCUCUUAUCACCAGCUUUGGCUUCUUAUGAAUUUGAGCGAACAACAAGUAUAUCUGCAGGCAAUGAAGAAUUUCAAGAUGCCAUAAGGAGGGCUGUACCUGAUGGUCACACUUUUAAAGGGUUCCCAAUACAUUUUGUGUAUAGAAAUGCAAGGCGUGCAUUUGCCACAUGUCUUCGGUCUCCUUUCUGUGAAGAAAUAAUCUGUUGUCGUGGAGACCAGGUGCGGCUGGCAGUUCGUGUUCGAGUGUUUACUUACCCCGAAUCUGCAUGUGCUGUUUGGAUCAUGUUUGCUUGUAAAUUGGGAUAUUCACAUUGUACAGAAACGGAGGUUAUUGAAUCUUUGGGUAUUAUUAUUUAUAAAGCACUGGACUAUGGUUUGAAGGAGAAUGAAGAAAGAGAAUUAAGUCCUCCCCUGGAGCAACUUAUCGAUCACAUGGCCAACACGGUCGAAGCAGAUGGUAGCAAUGAUGAGGGUUAUGAGGCUGCAGAUGAAGGCCUGGAAGAUGAAGAAGAUGAAAAGAGAAAAAUUUCAGCUAUCCGGUCAUAUAGAGAUGUCAUGAAGUUAUGUGCUGCUCAUCUCCCAACUGAAUCAGAGGCACCAAAUCAUUAUCAGGCAGUAUGUCGUGCACUGUUUGCGGAAACAAUGGAACUGCAUACAUUUCUGAGUAAAAUUAAAAGUGCAAAGGAGAAUCUUAAGAAGAUUCAAGAAAUGGAGAAGAGCAAUGAAUCAAACACAGAACUGGAGGAGCUGAAAAACGCUGACUGGGCUCGAUUCUGGGUACAGGUGAUGAGGGAUUUGCGGAAUGGAGUAAAACUUAAAAAGGUCCAAGAGCGGCAGUACAACCCUUUGCCCAUUGAAUAUCAACUCACCCCUUAUGAGAUGCUAAUGGAUGACAUUAGAUCCAAAAGAUACACUUUGCGAAAAGUGAUGGUGAAUGGUGAUAUUCCUCCUCGGUUAAAAAAAAGUGCUCAUGAAAUCAUUCUCGACUUCAUCAGAUCAAGACCUCCUUUAAAUCCAGCCUCAGCCAGAAAACUAAAACCCACUCCACCACGGCCACGGAGCCUCCAUGAAAGAAUACUAGAAGAAAUCAAAGCAGAAAGAAAGCUGCGGCCCGUCUCCCCAGAAGAGAUUAGACGUAGCAGAUUAGCAGUGCGGCCACUUAGCAUGUCUUACAGUUUUGACUUGUCAGAUGUAACUACCCCUGAAUCUCCAAAGAGCACUGCGGAAUCAUCAGUGGUGAAUGGAGGUUUAACAUCACAAAGAAAAGAAAACGGGCUAAAUGCUGCGCAGCAGGUGCCUGUGCAGCGGAAGAGGCUCCUGAAAGCUCCGACUCUGUCUGAACUGGACAGCUCUGACUCCGAGGAAGAGACUCUGCACAAGUCAGCCAGCAGCAGCAGUGUGUCUCCCUCCUUCCUUGAAGAUCCAUUCCUGGAGGCUGUGUCCACAAGGAAGACACCUCCGAAAUUCUUGCCCAUAUCAUCAACCCCCCAGCCAGAGAGACGGCAGCCUCCCCAGAGACGGCAUUCCAUUGAAAAGGAAACGCCCACCAACGUGAGACAGUUUCUGCCACCGUCCAAGCAGAGCUCCCGGUCUCUUGUUCCUAGGAUAACCAGUGUAUGGCCAUGGACGCCUUUCCGACCACUUUUUUCUACCAUACAAACAGCUUCUCUGCUCAGCUCUCAUCCUUUUGAAGCAGCCAUGUUUGGGGUAGCAGGGGCUAUGUAUUAUCUAUGUGAGAGAGCUCUUACCAGCAGGUGGAAAUCCUCAAAGGAGGAAUUCUGCUACCCAGUGGAAUGCCUAGCUCUUACUGUGGAGGAGGUGAUGCAUAUUCGUCAGGUCCUGGUGAAGGCAGAGCUGGAAAAAUACCAACAAUAUAAAGAUGUCUACACUGCCCUGAAAAAAGGAAAGCUUUGCUUUUGUUGCCGAACCAGGAGAUUUUCCUUCUUCACCUGGUCUUAUACCUGUCAGUUCUGUAAGAGGCCCGUGUGCUCACAGUGUUGCAAAAAGAUGCGGCUGCCAUCCAAGCCAUACUCUACUCUUCCAAUCUUUUCAUUGGGACCUUCUGCCUCGCAAAGAGGGGAAAGUUCUGUGAGGCCAGAAAAACCCUCCACCAGCCACCAGCGGCCACUUCGGAGCAUUGCCAGGUUCUCCUCAAAAUCUAAGUCUGUGGACAAAUCAGAUGAAGAACUACAGUUUCCCAAAGAGUUAAUGGAGGACUGGAGUACUAUGGAGGUGUGUGUAGACUGCAAAAAGUUUAUUUCGGAAAUCAUCAGUUCAAGCCGGCGUAGCCUGGUGUUGGCCAACAAAAGAGCCCGAUUAAAAAGGAAAACACAGUCUUUCUAUAUGUCCUCACCAGGCCCCUCAGAGUACUGCCCUUCAGAGAGGACUAUCAAUGAAAUCUGAGCCCUGUGCCUUUCAGUUGCUUUUGUGUUCAGUGUCGGCGCUAGCACGGGAGAACACUGAGCUGGACUGUCUCUCCUUGCUGUGGGCUUUAGUUAAUAGGCUUGAUUUGCAUUAGAUCAAGUUUUUGCUGCAUCACAUUGUUCCACAGACUGAAUGCUGUGUUCAUAUCAAUUGAUGAUAUGUGACAGGUCAGCCAAUUGCUCGUUUGCACUGAGAGGACAAUAAUUUGAAACUUGCUUUUGUGUGUGUGUGUGUAGAUUUGGAGGCUAGAAACUUUUUCCUUAGUUCAGUUCCUUACUGUUCCUCAUAUAAUUUUCUGACUAAGGUAAAAAUCUUCUCAUGUGAGAAAUCAGCCUAACAAAGGUGUCGAUGUUAGCACAGUUCUAAGCAGUAAGUCAUAUUGGCACUUCCACCUGACAGUGUUCCUAUCUAAUGUACAUAGUGACCCGGAGCCCUGCCGCUCACCAGAUGUGUGGGGGUGGGGCCCCGCUACUUAUCAUCUCACAGCACAAAGCCUAGAAGGAUUUGCUCCUACUGUCACACUGAUUUUAAAUUAUUGCUGCUCUGAGAUAAAGACUACAGGAGGGACUUCAUGCCUACAUUUUAGUGCAAAACAUCUGAAUCAGCUGUCCACCCGAGUGGAUGGCCAUUUCCUCUGAGCUGCUGUGUUUGCCCCAGUGCAAUGGACCAGUGUCUCUUGGAGUGCGUGACAGGUUUUCAUUCCCUACCUUACAUGUACUGUGGUUACUUGUAGUUUUAUAUUGGAGACCUAGGAGUUAAAGUUUUGUAGGACAAGAAGACUAAACGUUUGUCAACAAGUUAACUAUAAAAGGUUGUAACAGCAUAGGGUGCCAGCUAUCGGCCACACUGGGGAUGAGCUGGAGCUCAUGCAUUUUCAACUCUGUUUUCCAUAGCUUUAUAGUCUAGGCACCAUGACUAAAUGAAGCCACAAUUUGGUACCUAAGGUCUCAAACUAAAAUUUAUUUAUUUUUAUAAAUGAAGUUGAAAAAAACAACAACAUUGUCUAGUUCUUUUUAAAUUACAAGAUAACCUGCUGUUAGUCUUUUUGGAUGUUUUUUGCACAAGUUUUCCUUGUAAACAACUUGAGCAAGUGGGGUGGGCUUUUGAUGAAGGUAGGUUGGAGGACAACAUUGUAUACCUGAAAUUUCUCUUGUUUGGCCCAUACCAUGGACUAUACUUUAUGAUUUUGGUAUGCUUAGAAAUGACCAACCAAUCAAAUUGCCAUUAAUGUUUGAAAGUCAGUUAAUACACAUGCACAAUAAUUUCCUAAAAGCUGUAAGACACGUCUGUAGUCAACACUACGACAGCACCAUUUAAUAAAAGGCAUGGCAGUCACACUUCAUUCCACAUCAAAAUGUAGUAACAUUUCUAUAUUAAAUUAACAGUAAUACCUCAAAACUGCUCUGGUAGUAGUUCUUAAUGGAUUGAAGUUUACAAUUUAGUAAAUGGCUUAAAAUUACUUUUGAAAUAAAUUUUACCAGUUGACUAAAAUAAUGCAUGUUAACAGUUUGUCUGUAUUUGCAUGUAAAGUGGGCCACCAGAGAACCCUUACUGAUUUAUGCAAAUGUUUAAAUUAUUUUAAAGACUCUUGUCUAAGAGCUUUACACAUUAUAUUGGGUGAAUUUCAUUUAUAAAAUUUUCCAAGGGACUAUUUGAACUCUACCCCAGAUGGUCUGGUGGGAGCCACACCCUUUGAGGCCUGAGCCUAGGCCUCUAAACGACUACCAGGAGAGGUGCCAGGCAGAGGGAGUGGUAUUUGAUAUGACCUGGGAUAGUGUGUCUUUUAACAGAAUGACACACUAUCCCAGGUUAUGUUGUUAGUUAAACAUAAGAAACCAAACCCCCAAAAUGAUCAUUUCGUUCACAAGGCAAAUACCUAGCACAUCAGAAUCUUUGACUUGACUUCUUCAUAUGGGCGGAUUUGGGCAUUAUGAUCACCUUAUACCAGAGCAUUGCAAUGUAAAUUCUUCAACAGCAUUAUUGCAUUAAAGAGGUUACAUGGAUGAUAUAUCUGCAUGAGACAAUUUGCAGAAAGCAGUGUAAGGAAACAGCACAUGAUAUAGUUAAAAUUACAGAAAUCAAAUUAGUAUCACUUUUUGUUGCCAAAAUAAUUUCUUGCAUUUAAUCCUUUCCUAUCCAUGACAUGUACCAAACACCUCCACUAAAUUAGGUAAUUUCCAGAGAGCAAUUCACCAACAGCUUGUAGAGUGUGGUCUUACAAUCCUUAGGCUGACCUUAGGUCUCUCUUCCUCCUCUUUCUACUAAAAUAACAUACUUUACAGUGUUCCUCUUUGUCCUGGUUUCCAGCUCUUUGGCAUUUACUUCUGAUCCAACAACAAUAAAACUGUUGUUGGCCAGCUGGUCUCACUUGGAGCCUGAUGUGUCUUAGAGCUUGGACACACCCCUGAGCAGCCCUCCCUGCGCACAUCCCGCCUCUAACUCUCACCCUGACCCCCUCCAGGCUCAAGCACCCACCCGCUGCUUUGGUCCCAGACCUCAUGAACUCACCCUGUUGGAAGAUCUUUGUUUUCUUCCCCAUGGCUUAACUGUCUACCAGUGUCAGAGUAGAUAAGAAUGCUUGUAAAUACUGUAAUAUAUUUAUUAAUAUUUGAAAGGCAUUCAUUCAGUGGACAAUGGAAAUUAACUCUCCCAAGACAAGUAAAAGUCAAAUAAUUGAUAUGUACAUCGACUUAACAGUCCUACUAGAGUUCGUCUUAAGCCUUUCAAAUUAAACCUGAAGGUUGUUAUGUAGAAAUGUAAAAAAUGAUCUUACAUUUGAAGAGAUUAUGUGAUUACCACCGUGAACUCAUACCAUGAAUUUUUUAAGGCUUUUAUUUUUCUAACUGUAUUAAUAAAUAGGACUGGAUUUUAGGUGUCACACAGGAGACAUGAAAGUUUUAAAUUAUGUUGCUAUUUGCUACAGCAAAAUAGCAGACAAUUUUGUACAUGCAAAACUGGAAGGGCCAUGGAGUAAUGUGUGUACUGACUGGGCCCGGACCCGGCUUCCUACAUGUAUGAAAGACAGUGUCGCUGGCGUUCAGGGUGACAUGGCAGUUCUAGAAGUUUUCCAUUAAAAGCUUUUAUUUUAAAAUUUAUCUGGGGAAAAAUAAAAUGACUUUCCAUCAUG